AUGAAGUCCCUCCGCAAGUCAUUGAAUGGCAACAAGGACCACCACCACCACAUCUCUACCCCCGCCCCCCUCCCGGCCCUCUCCAAGCCAUCGACAGCGAUCAUCCCGCCCAAGAAAGUCAUUAAGGCAAUCAGUGCCUACAAGUCAAACACACCACAGGAGCUCUCAUUCGAGAAGGGGGACUUCUUCCAUGUCCUGAACGACAACGGCGGCCUAUGGUACGAAGCCCAUAACCCCAUUACCGGCGCGCGAGGGCUUGUCCCCUCGCGUAUGUUCGAAGAAUUCACGAAGGGGGCUCCUACGCCCCGUUCACCGAAGAGCUUCAAUCCCAUGGACCGCUUGUCCAGCAUCCCAAGUGCGAAGGCCUCGCCCACCUCGCCCAAGCACAAGACGUACUAUGCUAUCGUCCUCCACGAUUUUGCCGCUGAGCGCGCAGACGAGCUUGAUGCCAAAGCCGGGGACCCCAUCACCGUCGUCGCUCAAUCCAACCGGGAAUGGUUCGUGGCGAAACCGAUAGGUCGUCUCGGACGACCGGGUCUCAUUCCUGUCUCCUUCGUCGAAAUCCGUGACCCUGGGACGGCCCAACCGAUCAAGGAUGUCAUGGCCCUCAUCGACAACGGCGACCUGCCCCGCGUCGAGGAAUGGAAACAGGCGGUGCUCAACUACAAGGCCAAUAGCAUCUCCUUGGGCGUCUUGGACGACGCAUCACCGCAGACCUCCGCAACCUACACAGUCAACUCCGCGAGUAUGGAACCCACUAUCACUGUCCAGGGCGCAACUCCCCUACCUACCCAGUCCCAACCCCCAGUACCCGAAGAGCCGCCUCGUCCUCCCACGCCGAAAAUGCUGCCCGAGGGCGUCCUCCUAACCGCCGAGAUUAAGUCCUACCAUUUCGAGGCCGAUGAAUACUGGUUCCGCGUCCACGCCAUCUACCAGCCGUACAACACGGCGCGAUCGCAUUCACUCCCCCCCGCCAAGGAGCUGGUUCUAUUCCGUUCCUACAACGACUUCUACGACUUCCAAGUGGAACUCCUUGACACCUUCCCCCACGAAGCUGGUCGCCCCGACUCCAGUACGCGGAUAUUGCCAUAUAUGCCCGGACCGGUGGACUUUGUCGACAACGAGAUCACCAUGAGCAGGCGGGCGGAGUUGGACGAGUAUCUCCAGAAACUGUGCGCCCUGAAGACCUAUGCGCGGUACAUUCUCGAACAUGCACUCGUCCGCCAGUUCUGUGCACUGAAGCCUGGUGACGGCGAGGUGAACGUCGAGGCCCGGCGGAGUGAGAUUGAGUCUUUGCGCAGAUCAUACGAGGAGGACCGCCAUAGCUACGCAGCUAACAACGGCACCACCGCAGAUCAGAUGGCUCGCCUCCAAGUAUCUCAGCAUCCCGAUCACCGCCUCAGCGACGCGUCCGCAUACGAGGACGAGGGAGACGUUGGCACGGAGCUGCAGGCAGAUUCCUACUACACGAACGGGAACUCGUACAGCUAUGAUUCACCAGGGCGGUCGUCUCUGCAAGCUCAGUCACAUCCAGCCAGUCACCAACGCGCUGGCUCCGCCGCCUCCUUCCGCCGACCAUCCGAUGCUGUACCAUCGCGCGCUCAAUCCCCUCAGGUCCUCUCGCAAUCCUUCUCCCGUGGGCACUCGCCGGCACCCAGUCGUUCCGAGGGUAUCGGCCGCAGUCGUUCACCACUUGAAAUCGAUCCGUAUGAGGCGAACACGCACUCGCGCUCCUCCCUCGCAUCCUCACAUGAUCCCUCCCCCGUCUCCAUGCGGUCGUCCCAGGCCGGCUCCGUCCACACAGCGGCAACCUCGGCGUCUGGGCGCUCGCGCUCUGCCUCAAACGCGGCGUAUACGCCACCAAUCUCCGCGACGAACCAGAACGCGGCGUUCGUGAAGGUCAAGAUCUUUGACCGCGCACGAGACGAUCUCGUCGCGAUUCGCGUACAUCCGCGCGUAACGCACGCACAGCUCAUGGACAAGGUGCAGGCGCGCCUUGGCGGGGACGUGUCGACUCUGCGUUUCCGCGACAGCCUAAGCAACGAGCUCCUGCUGAUCGACAACGACUCGGAGCUACGGAACUGGCUGGAGAGCACAGAACGGCUCGUGCUCUAUGCGGAGUGAGCGCGGCUGCGCGCGGUGUUCCCGGACUACCAUAUGGGCUUGGAGGAGGUAUAGUACAUACCAGUACAUAAUGGCUUCUUGCUUCCGUUUCGUUUCGUUUUGUUUGCCAUUGUACGCCCCGUUGCUUGACACUUAUCUUAUUAUCCUACGCUUUUCUCGUUCUUGUGUAGUGACACUUUCCACUCCGUCUCGUUCUCUGCGAUUUAUUCUCCGGUUCCACUAGCUAGUAUGCGUUAUGUAGCCCCUGUACUGCGAUGCUGUGUACUUCCACAUCACUAUCUGCACGCUCUUUCCUCUUCGACUGCGUCUUCCAUACGCAUGUCUACUUACGACGCCUGAAUGAUCCACCUCGCCGUUCGCUGCGAGAAGCUUGUCAGCUUCCUACAUACCAUGAUGCGCCUCCGCGGAUGGGAAAUAUGGUAUAAUUCCGUGUCUGUCGUCUAUUCAUGCUGCGAACGCACCAAUUUCCG